AGUACUCAGACUGCAACAACCCCUGAGCUCAACUGCCUGCUUUCACUUUGUACUAUCACUACUGCUAGUACUACUGCUACUACUACUGCUCCUCCUACUACUACAACUCCUGCAAUUACUCUGAAGUGUAGUACUGAAACCAUGUGGAGAGGUCUGCUCCUGCUCCAGACCUGCUGCUGGAUCCUGGGACAUACUGCACAACCAGGCUCCCUCAGCUUCGCGGUGUUUGCGGACUGGGGCGGUUUCCCCUUGCCCCCGUACCACAGCCUGUUCCAGGCCACUGUGGCUGCAGAGCUGAACAGACUGAGCCAAGAGCCAGGCCUGGACUUCAUCCUGAGUCUGGGGGACCACUUCUACUUCGAAGGGGUCAAGAACGUACAGGACCCCCGCUUUAAGCAAACCUUUGAGAGUGUGUACCACCAGCGCCCCCUGCUGGACGUGCCCUGGUACCUGGUGUCCGGGAACCACGACCACAGAGGCAACGUGUCUGCACAGAUCCAGUACUCCAACCUCUCACACAGAUGGAAUUACCCCAGCCUGUACUACUCUCUGGACUUCUCCGUCCCCGGCUCUAACACGUCUCUCACUGUCCUGAUGAUCGACACAGUGACGCUCUGUGGAAACACGUGGGACCAGGAGCAGCCCCAGGGCCCCGAAGACCCCCAAGCGGCAGAGAAGCAGUGGGACUGGAUCCAGAGCAGCCUGCAGAGUACACGGUCAGAGUUUGUGUUGGUGGCUGGGCACUACCCGGUGUGGUCCAUCGGGCACCAUGGCCCCACCGCCUGCCUCAGGGACAGACUCAGACCUCUGCUCAAGAAGUACAGGGUCAGUGCCUACCUGAGCGGACACGACCACAACCUGCAGUUCAUCCUUGAAGAUGACGGGGCGGCAUACGUGGUCAGCGGCACCGGUGUGUUAUCUGACCAAAACACUGCCCACAGGAGCAGCGUGCCCCAGGCCUGGCAGCUCUUCUCCAGCCCUGUCAAUCAAACCAAAGGGGGUGUGGCCUACUUCCAGCUCCACCCAGGUCACAUGACGGUCAGCUUCACGCAGACGGACGGGAAGUGCGUGUAUCAGACCCAGCUGCCCUCGCACCGCUGGGAAUAGAACCAGCAACCCAAGCAAAGAAGCACGCUCAGGGAAAUGUGACGUGUAGAUUCUGCUAUAAUCUGUUCCUGUCUUUAUUAUGUAUUACUCUGUUUUCUCAUCUCUGUUAUAAUGCUGUUUCCUCAUCACAAACAGUGUCUUGUUUCAUUCAUAAACCUGCACAUUUAGGCUGAAUACUUCUCUCAAACAGAAAACAGUCUGUUCCACCUUGUGAUGUCAUGUGGUAAUACAAGAAGUGCUCUACUGUGUUUUUAAACUCCAUACACCUUCACUGAAAUUAUUUGGAUAAUUACAGCCCUGGAGUUGUCAAUCUCUUCUGAACUAAAGGUAAAAGGAGCUGUUCAUCUGUAAACUGUAACUGCAUGAGGUCACAAGGUGAAAGUCCAGGUCUGUUUCUGAGGCGGUAACAUUAUAACAUGGCUAAAAGCUCACAAGAGUCAAUAUAGGUUCACAAUGUAACCUCUCUGCAAAUACAUAUAUUUUCUUUACCUGUAAUGUUCCGCAGUAGAGCAUUAACACACUGUAUCUGAUUUUUUACAGCCUUAAAAUGUCACAAACAGAACAAGUUAAUUUUAAAUAUUUUUUAUCACAAUGAGUUUAGAAGCACUUUUCACUCAGAGACCAGAUGCCUGUCACAGUAAAGCUAACAGCACCUAGCAUGUGUUAAUGUGCAGUUCCUGAUUCUCACACAAUAACAGGGAUGUGCUGGGACCAAAAAACAGCUCUAUGGAGGGGCUUUUAUUACUGUGGUAUUACAGCCCGCUGCUGUAUGGCUGACGGUUGCUACACCAGGCAGCUGUUCUGGACUUUUCCAGAUUGCACAGAUUGCCAGUAUGCCCUUGAAUUCACCAGAAAGAUUCCAGAGUGCGCCUUUAAAUAUGGGCAUAAAUACUUUUGCACUUUUGCAAAAUGUCUACUCUGUCAAGUAUCUGUAUUCUUUGAAUAUGAAAUAUUAUAAUUUAUGUCAUUUUGCAGAUACUGUCCUGUUUGUAACUCCCACAGCACUGUUCAUUCACACCGCAGCAAACUGACUGAGGUUCAUUUUCAAAAGCUCAAAUGGUUUUAAAAAUGUGCAUGUUACAAUUAUGUUGUUUCUUGAUAUUCAUUUCCUUUUAAUAAUAAUACUAAUACAUCAUUGUGCUGUCAUAAAUAUAUUUUUAAUUAACUUGAAGAUAAAAAUACAUUGUUGUGUA